AUGAUUGAAAAAAUAAUGAAAUUAACACAACGUUUGCUAUGUCUACCCUUUAAACCACAAAGGGUUUUAGGAAUAACUAAAGUAACACGUUGGGAUAUCAUAAGAUCGAAAUAUCCCGAUUUAGAUGAAAUGAGACUUAAUGAUAAAUUUUUUACAUUGAAAUCGGAAAUAUCUUUGGAUACUUUAAAAAAAGAACACAAAAUGAAAACUGAUUGUGAAAAUCAAUUGAACGAAAUAACGAAGAAAAUUGGAUGUAACUUUAGAAUGAUCAAAAGCGUAGACAAUGCUAACGAAGACGUUGAAUGGGCUGAUCUGGUGAUUUCAAUCGGUGGAGAUGGUGCUUUUUUAUUAGCAUCAAGAUUGAUUAAAAAUAAUAAAAAAGCAAUAAUUGGUAUUAAUCCAAAAACCGUUAUCAAUGAACGAAAAUAUCAUUUAUUGAUGAGAAGUCGAAUAAGAACCACAAUGUAUGGGAAAAAUAUUAAUGACGAACCUUAUCAAUUAGAUGAAAAAACUCGUUCGUUAAAAGAUUUAAUGAAAGUUAACUACGAUGAACAGAAUUGCGAGAACGUCAUAGAAAGUAACGAAAGAAAUAUCACAGAUUUUCUUCAGAAAUCUAAUCGAAGGGUUUUACCGUGGUUGGCGUUAAACGAGGUAUACAUGGGUGAAUUUUUAUCAACUGGUACACUAACAUUGACCAUUCAAGUUGACGAUCAAGACGUUUAUAAACUACAAAGUUCUGGAAUGUGUGUAUGCACUGGUUCAGGUUCUAGAAGUUGGUAUCGUUCUAUGAAUCUUCAAGCACCUGAAACUGUUAAAAGAUUGGUCAAAAUUGCAAUGGGAAAGGAUAUCGAUGAGGAUGAAGCUUUGAAUGUAAUUGAAUCUUAUCAUCGUAGUCUUCCAUUUGAUCCAGAAGAUGACAGAAUGUCUUACAUGAUUCGUGAAUUGUAUAGAGCAAGUAAAUGGCCUAAACCAAAAUCUUCCCCCGAAAGAAGAAUGUGUCGAAAGGUCAAGGUCAUGUCUCAUGGUUUCGAUGCUGGUUUAGUUAUUGAUGGAGGUGUUACUUUACCAUUUAAUGACGGUAUUACUGCUGUAUUCGAAAUUCAUUCUGAGGAUGGUCUUAAAAAUUUAAUCAUCCAAUAA